GCAACAUUGGUAGCGAUGGCCGCCGCCAUCGUGAAUCAUAUGAUUUGUGUUUGUGAAUAGGGCGCAGCUCAUAUACGGCCACGCAGUGAAACCGGUGAAAGUGCCACGCAAACCUUGCUCCUCUUCGUGGAGAAACUGAACUCAGAACUGGAGCGAGGCUUUUGGAGAAGCUUUGUCACACAUGAUGGAGAACCCCGCCAAACUUCGGUUCCAAAUCAGGAGCAACCUGGCCAAGGUGAAGAUGUACGAGCAGAGGGACCUUCAAGAAAAAGCGGCAGCUCGCAUCCCAGUCAAGGAUUUGACCCGCAAAGCUCAGAUGUCUAUGCUUGACAUCUCUAGUCAACCCUCUCCUGCAACCUUACCCAAGCCCACUUUCAGAGACUUCCUCCUCCUCGAACUGCUGCACUGGUUUAAAAACAGCUUCUUUACGUGGGUUGACACUCUGCCCUGUAGUCAGUGUAAAUCGGAGACAAAAGUGGUAGGCGGGGGGGACCCAACGCCAGAAGACGUCCGCUACAUGGUGUCGCGAGUCGAGCUUCACGAGUGCCCCAAAUGCCACACUCAAGAACGGUUCCCGAGGUACGACCAUCCCGGGAAAUUGUUGGAAACGCGUAGAGGGCGCUGCGGCGAGUGGGCAAACUGUUUCACCCUGUGCUGCCGCGCCCUGUCGUUCGAUGCCCGCCUCGUGCUGGACUGGACGGAUCACGUGUGGACAGAGGUCUUCUCAGAGUCACAGGGACGGUGGGUCCACUGUGAUUCGUGCGAAGACCUGUGCGAUGCCCCGCUGAUCUAUGAGGUUGGAUGGGGAAAGAAACUUUCCUACGUGUUGGCCUUUUCCGCGUACGAGGUUCAGGACGUCACGUGGCGGUACACGACGGACUUUGCCGCCACCCUUUCCAGACGUGUGCUCUACGCGGAGUCCGACGUCGUCGACCUCGUCUUGAGCGAGACGCGGAAGCUGCAGCGUGAUAUACCGGCGGAACGUAAGGACUACCUGUUGGCACGCAGGGUUCAAGAACUUGCCGAGUUGCUUACGCCGCGAAAGGCGUCGGACGUCGAUAAGCAUGGACGCAUUUCGGGGUCCUUAGCGUGGCGACAGCAACGAGGGGAAACUGGUGUCCAUUUUUGCCCCCGUGUCUUCAAGCCUAGGAGUUCCGAUUGCAAGACCGUAGUUCUAAAAUACUCGGCUUCGAAGGACCUGUACAUAGUCUCGGAAGACGGAACGCAAGUCGAAAAUAUUCCCGGAUGGCAGAACGGAGUGUUUUCCCAAGACAAACUGUUUCGGAAAGUUGAGCCCGAUUGGAAGAUGGUGUACCUGACAAGGAUUGAGGGGGAGGAUAAAGGUACAGUCUCAUGGAAGCUGGAUUUUUCGUCGAACCAGGCAGUGGAGACAAUCGCUGUAGUGUGCAAGUCUGCAACUUUUGAGAAUGGUGAAGUCAGAUGGCUGCUGUGUAGCGAAGACAGUUGUGUUCGCCUGCAGAGUGGGGACGGGCCACAAAUAGUAUCAUCGCUCAAAGGAGCUCGUAUCCUGAUCCUGAAGGCUGAACUUGAAGGAGGAAAGGGGCCUGUGGCAUGGCAGCAUGCUCAACUUUUUAGGGAGGCAUUAGACAGUGAUGUUCCAUCCUUGGAAAUCAAGGUUACCCUGUCUGAACAGUAAUUUUUAUCAGCCGCCGUGACUGCCAUGAACUAAGUCAUUUUUUUAAUUCAACCAAAUAUGUAUAGUGUUUGACAGAGUUAUAGAUACAAUUCACUUUUUUACUUGC